CAGCAUUUGUUUUUCACGAUAGAAAUAAAAACAAGUAGAGGGGUCGGGCUCGAGUGCCCCCUCUUUCUUUCGGAAAAUUCACAAAUUACCCAGCAUCUUAGAUUCAAUAAUAAUUUCAAUACUCGCUCUCUUAUUAGUCAUGUGUAUUCGAGACAGUCGUAACGUUACCUUCCACCAGUGAACAUCUCAUGCCUGAAAUUUUUAAUGAAUCACUUUAAAUUAUAAAUCGGCAUACAAAGUUUUAACACUUCACGGUCUCGUAAUUAUUAAAUAAUGAAUAUCCAAUUAGUGACGGCAGUAUUUUACUGUACCAUUUAUUUAAACGGAUUUUUUUCGGUUGCUUCGCCGAUAGUUAAAGUUAAAAAUGGCACUUUAGAGGGUUCAUUGAUGAAAACACGUCGUGGUCGGGAGUUUUUGUCGUUUAGAGGUAUCCCCUACGCACUUCCGCCGAUCGGUGAUUUAAGAUUUGAGCCACCAAAGCCAACAACUACUUGGUCAGGCGUUAAAUCAGCCAAAAAAGAUGCGCCAAUAUGCACUCAACGAAAUAUUUACACUCACGAUGAUAAUAUUGUCGGGCAAGAAGAUUGCCUUUACUUAAACGUUUAUACUCCUAAGCUACCCACCAAAGAGAUGAAAGAGGUCGGUAUUAAUUAUCCAGUCAUGAUAUGGUUCCAUGGAGGCGGAUGGGUUACGGGAGCUGGCCAUUCUGACUUUUACAAUCCCAAAUAUUUUCUCGAUCAUGAGGUUGUUCUUGUAACUGUUAAUUUCAGGUUGGGACCUUUAGGUUUCCUGAGUACAGAAGAUAUGGUAUCACCUGGUAAUCAAGGAAUGAAAGAUCAAGCUCAGUCGAUUCGUUGGGUCAAUGAGAAUAUUGCUUCAUUCGGUGGAGACCCUAAUCGAGUUACUGUUUUUGGAGAAUCUGCAGGAGGAGCUAGUACUCACUAUCACAUGAUUAGUCCUUUAUCCCGAGGUUUGAUUCAUCGAGGUAUAUCACAAAGUGGAACUGCUUUGUGCCCAUGGGUGCUAACUCGACCUGGCGAGGCUAAAGACAAAUCCAAACGUCUUGGCGAAUUAUUGAAAUGCCCAACAGAUAAUUCUGCCCAGUUAAUUGCUUGUCUUCGUAAAAAAAAGGCUAUCGAUAUAAUUGCUACUGAUCGAGCGUACCAGAUUUUUGAUUAUGAUCCAAUGAUUCCAUUCAAGCCGGUGGUCGAACCAAAUCAUCCAGGAGCAUUUUUGAAUGAAGAACCAGCCGAGUCUUUGAAAAAUGGCAAUAUGGCUGAUAUUCCAUGGAUAACUGGAUUCAAUUCAGAAGAAGGAACACUCAAAGUCGCAGGUCUUUAUGGGCUCAAAGAAAAGGGUUAUGUUAAGCAGCUGGAUGAAAACUUUGUCGAAUUAGCAGCUACUACACUAUUGUACGAACAUACAUGUCCCAAGGAAUCUCAUAAAGAUGUUGCUAAAAAAAUUCGUAAAUUUUAUCUGGGAGAUAAACCCAUUGACGAAAGUACCAAGUUUCAAGUUAUUGAUAUGUACUCUGAUGCUUGGUUCAAUGUUGGAGCUGAUAUGGCUGUUCGAGACCAUCUCAACACAUUAUCUAGUCCAGUUUACUAUUACUACCUUACGUACAAAGGAAGUUCAUCAUUUUCAAGAAUAUUCGGCGCACCGCAAGGAGAUUAUGGCGUUUCUCAUGCCGAUGAAUUGCAAUAUCUCUUCCCAGUUGGAGAACAGUUGUUCAAAGAUACACCACUCAAUAAAGAAGAUCACAAAAUGAUUGAUGUACUAACACAACUGUGGUUUAAUUUUGCCAAAACCGGGAAUCCUACACCUUCAAUUACGCAACAGAUACCUCUAAAAUGGAAGCCAGUGAGAACUGAAGCACUCGAAUAUCUUCUCAUUUCAGAUUCUAAAAACUUAAAAAUGUCGAAAAAUCUUUUGAAAGAAAGAAUUGAUUUUUGGGCAAGUAUACCACACCGUGGUAAUGUUAUUACUUCGAACAAAAUAACUCAUUCCAAAGAUGAGUUAUAA